AUGAUGCCCGGUUGCUCCUUGUUUCCCAAUCGCCUACCCAUUACAAUAAAACGGUCCGAUGACGGCAAAUAUGAGUUUUCAAUGUCGUCGGGAGGUCUUGUCAGCGGGUUGAGCGGCUUAUCGAAAUCAACAACAUUCCAAUGGUACGGGUGGCCUGGGUUGCAGGUCCCGGAGGACGAAAUACUUCUUCUUAAGAAAAGAUUAGCCGAGGAAUAUGAUGCAGUGCCUGUGCUCAUUGAUGACAAUUUGGCGGAUAAACAUUAUAACGGAUUUUCAAAUUCGAUACUUUGGCCCCUUUUUCACUACCAUCCUGGUGAAAUAACGUUCGAUGAGUCAGCAUGGUUUGCAUAUCGUGACGCAAACCGCCUUUUUGCGAAGGCAAUCGCGAAUGAUGUUAAAGAUGGUGACCUCGUAUGGGUCCACGACUAUCACUUAAUGUUGCUGCCGGCGAUGUUACGGGAAGAGAUUGGGACGUCGAAAAAGAAUGUUAAGAUCGGGUUCUUCCUACACACACCGUUCCCAAGCAGUGAGAUAUAUCGAAUUUUGCCAGUCAGAAACGAAUUGCUUCUGGGAGUGCUGCAUUGUGAUCUCAUUGGAUUCCAUACUUACGACUAUGCACGACACUUCUUAAGUAGUUGUUCAAGAAUACUUGGCCUAUCGACGACUCCAAAUGGCGUUGAAUUUCAAGGCAAAGUCAUUGCAGUAGGGGCAUUCCCUAUUGGUAUUGACCCAGAUAAAUUCAGUGAAGGUCUUAAAAAGGAGAAGGUUCAAAAGAGGAUUGCUGCCCUAGAACAAAAGUUCCAAGGUGUCAAGUUGAUGGUCGGGGUAGAUAGGUUGGAUUAUAUCAAGGGUGUUCCGCAAAAGCUACAUGCCCUUGAAGUUUUCCUAACCGAUCACCCAGAAUGGAUUGGCAAAGUGGUUCUUGUUCAGGUUGCCGUUCCUAGCAGACAAGAUGUAGAGGAAUAUCAAAAUCUACGAGCUGUCGUCAAUGAGCUUGUUGGGAGAAUCAAUGGCAAAUUUGGCACCGUGGAAUUUAUGCCCAUCCAUUUCAUGCAUAAGUCAGUGAACUUCGACGAACUAAUUGCGCUUUAUGCCGUUUCGGACGUCUGCGUCGUCUCGUCGACCAGGGACGGUAUGAAUCUUGUUUCCUACGAGUACAUAGCAACCCAAAAGAAACGACACGGUUGUCUAGUUUUGUCUGAAUUUGCCGGCGCGGCACAGAGUCUCAAUGGCAGCAUCAUCGUCAAUCCGUGGAAUACCGAAGAACUCGCCAAUGCCUUCCAAGAGGCGGUGACAAUGAGCGAUGAACAGCGUGCCCUUAACUUCUCCAAGCUAGACAAAUAUGUCUCGAAAUACACAAGUGCAUUUUGGGGACAGUCCUUCGUCUCAGAGCUUACAAGGAUCUCAGCCCACGGGGAGAAGAAGCUCCGACUCAGGAACACCUCAGCAAUACCUAGCGACCUGUCCCAUGGGAAAGAGAAUGACAUACCUCCUGCGACGCCUGACGGAAAUUGA